GGGCACAAAUCGGUUUUAUUGAGACUUUAGACCUGCAAAGACCUUGUGAAUAGAGGGAGGGAUUCAGACAAGCUUCGAAAUCCUUUUUCCUCAAGGGAAGCGCCUUUAAAUGCUAAGUAAAAGCCCACCCAGGUUAUCGGGGAGGGGUCACAGGCGGAGGUGCCGGGCGCCUGGAGCUCGGAGUCUGGAUGCGGUGCGAGGGUCUGCGUCGGAAGCCGCCCACGGGAGCUCCCAGCUAAGGGCAGAUUGUGGGGGUCCCUCAAGUUGAAAGACGGGUGGAAACCACGCGAGCGUGAGUCAGCGCUGCCCCGGGGGCCCUCCGCCCCUUGGAGGUGGGUCGUAUACCGGGCGCGGAGUAGAGUAGGCCAGGAGAAACUGGGCCAGGCUGCACUUUUAGCUCGAGGGGCCUCGAGGACUCUUCGCGUCCCUGGACACAAGGGCACUACACGCACUUCAUAAUGAAGAGUUGCGGGAGCAUGCUGGGCCUCAGGGGGCUGCGGCUCCCCCCGGCGGGGAUCCUGCUCCUGUUGCCGUUCCUGCAGCCGCGGCUGCUGCCCGCGGCCCCCGCGCCCCAUCGCGCUUCCUACAAACCGGUCAUCGUGGUGCACGGGCUCUUUGACAGCUCAUACAGCUUCCGCCACCUGCUGGAAUACAUCAACGAGACACACCCUGGGACUGUGGUGACAGUGCUCGAUCUCUUCGAUGGGAGAGAGAGCUUGCGACCCUUGUGGGAACAGGUGCAAGGGUUCGGAGAGGCUGUGGCCCCCAUCAUGGCAAAGGCCCCCGAAGGGGUGCAUCUCAUCUGCUACUCGCAGGGGGGCCUGGUGUGCCGGGCACUGCUCUCCGUCAUGGAUGAGCACAAUGUGGAUUCUUUCAUCUCUCUCUCCUCUCCACAAAUGGGACAGUAUGGAGAUACGGACUAUUUGAAGUGGCUCUUCCCUACCUCCAUGAGGUCUAACCUCUACCGGAUCUGCUAUAGCCCCUGGGGCCAGGAAUUCUCCAUCUGCAACUACUGGCACGGUAGCUUCUUUGGUUUCUAUGACGCAAAUGAGACGGUCUUGGAGAUGGAGGAGCAACCGGUUUAUCUGCGGGAUUCUUUUGGGUUGAAGACUCUCUUGGCCCGGGGAGCCAUUGUGAGGUGUCCGAUGGCUGGGAUCUCCCACACGGCCUGGCACUCCAACCGUACUCUUUAUGAGGCCUGCAUUGAACCCUGGCUCUCCUGAGGAUGUCCUCAGGGAUCCCCCAGGAACUCCCCAGCCCAGAGACCAAGCGGUGGCCUUGGAAAGCAGAUGUCAGGCUCCGGUGUGCCUGUGACCACCCCAUUGCUCCCACACUGCCCGCGCCCACUGGGGCUCCCAGGACCCCUUCCUCUUCUCCUCUGUGAAUGACGAAUCCUGGUCUCCCGCACUUCAUGUCUGGGGUUUGCUCCGUGCUCUCUCUCACCCUCCCAAGGCCGAGGCUGGGAAGAGAGAAACCAGGUUUUGAACUUGUGGCUACUCUGCUGCUCCUCGGUCUCGGGCUGUACCGGAGGAGAACCCGGCCCCUGCCCGCUGCGGGGGUCUCCUUCCAGGCCACUCAGGUCAUUUUUAGCUUCUCUUCUCCCCAUGUUCCCUUUUCCUCAGCCCUCCCAACUCCCAGGAAGGACUACCCAUGAGAGUGGGGUUCUGAGGCUCCCCUAUGGGGACAGUUCCGUUCUUGAAAUGUCAGUGUUGGGGAUUAUCUAUGGCCUGUGAGGCCCAUCUCAGGUUUGGGGAUCCCCCCAGUCCCUAUGUUCAGUGUUGGGGUACCCCCUGGGAGCCUAGCUUCUUUGAGGCCCCAGCCCCUCUUUUAGCUACCAUUGAAUGGGUGUUAACCCUGUAUUAAUGGAAAUAAAGUUCCAUUUCCUCA